AUGGCUGGCUCACAAGAUAGAAGGAAACCUUUCCAAGGAAAAAAGUUUCAUAAAGAUCUUAGGGAAUACAAGAAUCAAGAGAUAAAACGGUCUCUUGUCCACAGAGCUCGAUUGAGAAAGCAGUACUUUAAGCUCCUCGAGGAGGAGGGUGAAGUGCCUUCUCAUGAAAAGGGAGACAACAACAACGAAAAGGACGCUGCAUCUGACCAGUCUGACUCUGAAGAAUCCGACAACGAUGUUCAACAAUCAAAAGUCAAACAAAAAGCAUCGUUACCACCUCAACAGGCACCUCCAAAGGUUACAUCGCAAAGGAAACCACUCAACUUCCAGGAGAGAGCUAAGCUUGCUAAAGAGAGAAAGGAACAACAAAGAGAGGAGAAGCUUCAGAGAGUAAAAGAUAGGAGGCGAGCCAUCGAACAGAAGCAGAAGGAAAGAGAGAAGAAGAAAGAGAGUCUUUCAAGAAGAACCAAAUCAGGUCAACCAGUCAUGGGUCCUAAGAUCAACGAUCUUUUGGACAAAAUCAGAAACAAUCAAUAG